UUUCUGACAUGUUUUAGAUAAUGUUGAAUUGAUCUGUCUCGCGGUAUCGUGAGUUUUGUAUUUAAAAGUGGAAAUUCUGCACGCGUGCUGAUUUCUAACUGCUAUCAUGGCUGAAAGCGUUCAAGCAUUUGUUCAAGGCCUCAAAAGUCGGAAUGAAGACACACGAUUGUCAAUAGCUACUGCACUGCAGCAUUAUAUCAACACAGAGGUACAAGAGCUAUCCAGCGAACAAAACAUUGAAUUUAUGAGUGAAUUAAACUCUAAUAUAUAUGACAUGUUGUCCAGCUCUGAUAUUCAUGAAAAAAAAGGAGGUUUACUUGGUAUUGUUAGUCAGAUUGAUGUGGAUGGAAGUGACGGACAACUUUUGAAGUUCUACAACUUGUUGAGGAACCUAUUGCCUUCACCUGAUAUUGGGGUGAUGGAGAUUGCUGCUCAAGUAAUGGGAAGAAUGGCGGCAUCCAGUGGUUAUAGAACCGAACAUAUUGAAUUUCAAGUACAAAGAUCUGUUGAAUGGUUGGGGACUGAAAAAAAUGACCCGAAGAGACAUGCUGCUGUCCUUGUAUUGCGAGAAAUGGCUGUCAGUUCAUCAACUAUUUUCUAUCAACAAAUCCAGUCUUUUUUUGAUGGAAUUUUCCACGUCAUUCAUGACUCAAAGCAAUCAAUACGGGAAUGUGCUAUUGAAGCUUUACGAGCUGCAUUGUCGCUUGUUGUUCAACGAGAGACAAAAGAUUCAAAAUAUAGGCCAGCAUGGUAUGAGGCUUGUUAUGAUGAAGCAACUUCAAUAUGCGAUCCAGUUACAUUUGAAAAACCAUCUAUUAUUCGUGAUGACCGUGUACAUUCAUCAUUACUUAUAUUAAUCGAGCUACUACGUGUGUGUACUACUGACGAGUUAUUUUUAUCUGGAGAUUCUGCACCAAGUUCAAUAUAUUCACCAAAACAUUCAAAUUUAAGUUCAAGUUCGGAAAAAAGCCGUUUAUUCCGAAGCAACAAAAGCACUUCGUUCAAGUUAUCAACGUUUUUAAUGUCUUCAUAUCAAGGAAGUUCUGUCCAACCACCCUCUGCACUGUCGAGCAGCACUUCCGUGUCGGGAAUGUUGUUGAAAAGUUCAUUGUGCUGUAAACUGCUUUCAGAUAAAUUUGAACAUAUGUGUCAGUUCGUUCUUACAUUCCGGUCUUCAAGAAGUGUCUUAGUUCAACAUUCUGUUCUCUCUCUUUUACCGCGUCUUGCUUUGUUUGAUCCUGAGAAAUUCACAAAAUCUUCGUUAUCAGAAGCUAUGACUUUUCUGUUCUCUUGUUUAAAAAAGGAGCGAGAUCGUUCGGCUGCUUUUCUUGCCACAGGCUUAAUGUCGGUUGCAGUAAAAGAUGCAAUUGAACCUUACCUGACUAAGUUGUUUGAAUUCAUAAAACAAUAUCUGCCAACAAAAGAACCCGCUACAAAGCGGCAUAGAAACUAUGUACCUGAAUCCUCAGUGUUUGGCUGCAUAUCAAUGCUAGCCAAGUCUGCUCCAGCAAUAACUCUGCAUUAUAUUAGAGAUGAAUUAUUACAAUCUAUGUUCAAUGUUGGGCUAAAUGGUGCUGCUAUGCAAUCUCUGCACGAACUAAGCAGCAUAGCAAGUUUAUAUCAAUCCAUACAAGAAGGUGUGCUCAAUAUACUUUCAAGUGUUCUGCUUCCAAAUCAACAUGCUGCUGGUGAUAAUACUUCAGAAGCAACAGAAAUGGCGACCAUAAUUCUUGCGUUGAGAACUCUGGCAUUAUUUCCUUUCCCUGGCAACGAAGCAAAACGUUCAAAAAUUCUCCCCCAACCAUUCAUGGACUUCUGUGAAGAAUGUUCCACGGCUAAAUACUUGUGCCACGAAAAUCGUGAAGUGAGGUUACAUGCUGUGGCUACAGUUGUUGCACUUAUGCGACCUUCUAUACCAAGGCCUUGUACAUCUAGUCACCAAACAGUGAUUUACCCUGUGCUGUCACCAAAGUUGUCAAAAAUUAUUGGAAGCAUUUUGAACUUGGCAAUUGCUGAUUCAGACAAACAAGUUCGAAUGCACGUUCUUAAUCUGCUGGAUGAUCGGUUUGACUGCUACCUUAUCCUGUCUGAGAAUCUAAACCUGUUAUUUGUUGCCCUGCAUGAUGAAGCAUUCGAGGUUCAAGAAUUAGCAAUUCAAACUAUUGGUAGAUUAUCUGAGUUGAACCCAGCUUAUGUGAUGCCUAUGCUACGAAAAACUCAUAUACAGCUUGUGGCUGAACUUGAACACAGUGGGAUUGGAAGAAAUAAAUUACAAGCUUCACGUUUAAUUGGUCAUCUUGCACGAAAUGCACCGAAUGUAAUGAAGGCUUAUGUUGUACCAACUAUAAAGACCUUGUUAAUGAAACUAAGUGAUGAAGAACAAACAGUUGCUGUGUCUGUUGGUAUGAUGAGAACCAUCGGUGACCUCGCUGAGGUUGGAGGAAAGGACGUGAGCGUUGUAACGGACCAUCUUUUCCCCAUCAUAUUAUCAAUGCUGCAGGAAAUGUCUUGUUUUACAAAGAGAGAGGUUGCCCUCGUGACACUUGGUAAGAUAGUGGAAAGCACUGGAUAUGUGGUGGAACCUUAUUUUAAAUGUCCCAUGUUAAUUGAUGUCUUACUGGGGUUCCUUAAAACUGAACCAAGCUUGGCAUUUCGAAAAGAAGUUAUGAAAGUGCUUGGUUUGAUUGGAACAUUAGAUCCGUUCAAACAUAAAAUGAACCAAGGAUCAACUGAAGAUGUUUCUGUUGGUGCCAACGAACGAAGAGUAAAGAAAGAUACCGAUUUCAAUGUAAAUGAAAUGCUAGUUUCAAUUGGAACAACAUCAGAAGAUUUUUAUCCUGCUGUUGCCAUAACAACUCUCAUGCGUGUAUUACGUGAUCCAUUGUUAUCCUCACAUCAUAAAGAUGUCAUACAAGCUGUCAAUCACAUGUUUGAAUCAUUAAACGUGAAGUGUGUACCUUAUCUACCAGAGAUAAUACCAACAUAUUUAUCAACUAUUCAAACUUGUGAUCCAAGCAUAAGAGAGUUUUUGUUCAAGAACUUGGGUCUUAUCAUCAGCACAGUGAAACAGCACGCUCGAGGAUUCAUGGAUCGGAUAUUUGUUGUUAUUAAGGAGCACUGGGGGGUGGGGAGUGAGAUGCAGAGCAUCCUCCUCUCUCUCUCGGAGAAAAUAGCAUCCGCUCUCUCCUCUGAGUUUAAACUUUAUCUUCCCCAAAUAAUUCCUCAUGCCCUGCGGAUAUUCCUAUAUGAUGAUAGUCCGGGAAAAACUGUUACACUUGACCUUCUCCAUGCUUUACAAGUGUUUGGGGUAAAUAUAGAUGAUUACAGUCACCUGUUGCUUCCACCAAUGAUGCAACUACUACGUGCUACUACUACACCUAUUAAUAUAAAAAGUGCAAUCCUUGAAACAUUAUGUACGUUGUGCGAAUGCAUUGACUUGUGUGAACAUAUGUCAUUGGUGGUUCAUCCACUUGCUAAUGUAAUUGAUACAAUUCCUGAUCUACAGUCAUUAGCUGUCCGUACUUUAUGCUCUGCUAUCCGACAGUUUGGAUCAAGGUUCUCUGUAUUUGUACAAAUGGUUGACCAGCUUAUGUUGAAACACAAAAUCUCAAGUUCACUUUAUGAAAGUCUUGUAUCUCAAAUUACUAAGGGUAUAUUGCGGCAAGAUACAGAUGCAUUCUUAUGGUCGGGCAUUCAAAAAGUUGAAGACACUUCUGUACAAUCAUCUGAUGUAUCGCUUACUAAGAAAACUCGCAUUCAUACAAGUAACUUGCAAAAGGCAUGGACAGUUACACGGCGUGUCUCGAAAGAUGAUUGGUUAGAAUGGUUGCGUCAUUUAAGUGUUGAAUUAUUAAAAGAAUCUCCAUCUCUUGCAUUAAAAGCUUGCUCUGCGUUCGCCAAGACUUACACUCCAUUAGCAAGACAUUUAUUCAAUGCAUCAUUCCUGUCAUGUUGGAGUGAACUGGAUGAAGGGCAACAGAAUGAGUUGAUCACUUGCAUACAGAUGGCACUUGCUGCACCCGACGUACCACCGGAAGUCACUCACACUUUACUUAACCUUGCAGAGUUUAUGGAACACACAGAUAAGGGCCCACUACCCAUGUCUGAUGACAAUGGUGUAGCUUUACUUGGUGAAACAGCAUCAAGAUGUAGAGCGUUUGCCAAAGCUUUACAUUAUAAGGAACUGGAGUUCAGCAAAAAUAAAUCAAGUGCUGUCAUUGGUGAUCUGAUCAACAUCAACAGUAAACUUGGUCAACCAGAAGCAGCAGAUGGAGCACUUCAAUGUUACAUCAACACCAUACAGAAACCAAACCAACAGCAUAAUAUCAACGUUGAAUGGUAUGAGAGAUUACAUAAAUGGGUUGAAGCAAAGAACGCCUACCACACCAAGUUACGAGUUCCGUUAUCUGAAGUUGAUUGUCCCGAUGAGAAAAUGAGAGAAGAAAGAAUGAGCGAACAUAAGAUUGGAUACAUGAGGUGUUUGGAAGCAUUAGGGGAAUGGGACAACUUGCAUAGUUAUGCAGAAGAGCAAUGGUCCACAUGUAUGGUAGGUGAUGCUAAGAAACGAAUGGCUCGCUUGGCUGCAGCUGCUGCAUGGGGACUUGGAAAAUGGAACAGUAUGGAUGAAUACACAUGCAUGAUACCACGUGAGCAUUAUGAUGGGACCUUGUAUCGAGCUGUCAUCGCAAUACACCAAGGACAUUUCCCACAAGCACAAGAGUGCAUCAGUGAAGCACGUGAGAUACUCGACAGUGAGUUGACGGCUCUAGCGGGUGAAUCUCACAGCAGAGCUUACCCUGCGUUGGUUAACUGUCAACUCCUCGCUGAAUUGGAAGAAGUUAUACAUUACAAGUUGAUGCCGGAUAGACGUGCCGUGAUCAGACAAGCAUGGUGGGACAGACUACAGGGUUGCCAGAGGAAACUUGAAGAUUGGCAGCGAAUAAUUCAAGUUCGAUCUCUGGUUGUUUCACCACAGGAAGACAUGAGAACUUUGCUCAAGUUUUCAAGUCUUUGCAUGAAAACUGGUAGAGAGGUGCUAGCUCACAAGACUCUGGUCAAACUUCUUAACAUGGAUCCAAGGAAAGAGCCCAACAAGCCAUUACCCACAACUUACCCUUAUGUAUCAUUUGCUUAUAUUAAGCACAUUUGGAAACAGAAUAAGAAGGAAGAAGCAUUAACCAGAAUGCAUAAGUUUGUUGCUAGCAUUCAAAACGUGCCUUCCACAUUAUCUGAUGCUGAUCAAAGAAGUGAAUUAAACCAUCUAUUAUCAAGGUGUUUCCUGAAAUUGGGUGCAUGGCAUCAGGACAUGAAAGGAUUGAGCGACCAAAAUAUUUCUCAAGUCAUCAACUUUCAUAAACUUUCUACAGAGCAUGACCGCAGUUGGUAUAAGGCAUGGCACUCAUGGGCAGUUGUAAACUUUGAGUGCGUUUUGUUUUAUAAAAACAAACUUGACAUUGCCACUGAAAGUCAACUACCCCGGGAAAUACCAGAUUAUUUGGAAAAAGGUUUAAGUAAGGACGAUAGCAGUGAGGAUUCUGACUUGAGUUGUUCUGAUCCUGAACUUAAUCAACCUAUCCAGUUGAAAAAUAUCGCGCAACCAGAUUUCAGCUCCACAAUUCUCACAUACGCGAUUCCAUCAGUUCAAGGAUUCUUUCAUUCAAUCGCUUUAUCCCAUGGCAACUCUCUGCAAGACACACUCAGAGUAUUAACAUUAUGGUUUGAAUAUGGCCACCACCAUAAGUUACACGAUGUCAUCGUGGAAGGAAUUAAAACAAUCAAGAUAGAAAACUGGCUGCAGGUGAUCCCACAAUUAAUUGCAAGAAUAGAUUCCCCAAAAUCUUUAGUUUCAAAUAUAAACCAUCUCCUGUUAACUGAUAUUGGAAAGCAUCAUCCACAGGCCUUAAUCUACCCACUGGCUGUUGCAUCUAAAUCAGCCAUCCCUAUGAGAAACAUUGCUGCCAAUAAAAUAUUAAAUAAAAUGUGUGAUCAUUCAAAUACACUUGUCAAGCAAGCAAUAUUGGUAUCUGAAGAAUUGAUAAGAGUUGCAAUAUUAUGGCACGAGUUAUGGCAUGAAGGGUUAGAAGAAGCAUCAAGACUUUACUUUGGGGAGCGUGACGUAAGAUCAAUGCUCGCCACUCUUCAACCACUGCAUGCUUUGUUGGAACGAGGGCCACAAACUUUGAAGGAGAUCAGUUUCAAUCAGGCUUAUGGUCGUGACCUGCAAGAAGCUCAAGACUGGUGUCGGAAAUUUACGCAGUCGAGUAAUAUUAAAGAUCUUAAUCAAGCAUGGGAUCUUUAUUAUCAUGUGUUUAGAAGGAUAUCUAAACAAUUACCACAACUCACCACCAUAGAGUUACAAUACGUCUCACCCAAGUUAAUGGUGUGCAAAGAUCUGGAGUUGGCCGUACCUGGAACUUAUAAUGCAUUGAAACCAAUUGUGUGUAUAAGGUCCAUACAACAUACAUUACAAGUGAUUACCUCAAAACAAAGACCAAGAAAACUGUCCAUUAAAGGUAGUAAUGGCAGAGAUUACACGUUCCUGUUGAAAGGUCAUGAGGACUUAAGACAAGAUGAGAGAGUUAUGCAGUUGUUUGGGUUGGUGAAUACUUUGCUGUCAAUGGACCAAGCUUCUAGCAGGAAAAACCUUGGAAUACAAAGAUUUUCGGUUGUUCCAUUAUCUACUAACUCCGGUUUGAUUGGUUGGGUUCCAAACUGUGACACGUUACAUGCACUCAUUCGUGAUUAUCGAGAUAAAAAGAAAAUUCUUCUAAACAUCGAACACAGGAUCAUGCUACGGAUGGCACCAGAUUAUGAUCAUUUAUCAUUGAUGCAAAAAGUAGAGGUGUUUGAACAUGCGAUAAACAACACUGCUGGUGAUGAUUUGGCUCGGUUAAUCUGGUUAAAAAGUCCAACGUCAGAAGCUUGGUUUGAUAGAAGAACGAACUAUACGCGAUCAUUAGCUGUAAUGUCGAUGGUAGGACAUGUGUUGGGGUUGGGGGACAGACAUCCAAGCAACUUAAUGCUGGAUAGAAUAAGUGGAAAAGUUCUUCAUAUUGAUUUUGGUGAUUGCUUCGAGGUUGCAAUGGCUCGUGAAAAGUUUCCCGAAAAAAUUCCGUUCCGCUUAACUCGCAUGCUGACUAAUGCUAUGGAGGUGACGGGAAUUGAAGGAAAUUACAAACAUACUUGUCGAAUGGUAAUGAAUGUAUUAAGACAACACAAAGAAAGUGUGAUGGCCGUCUUGGAAGCUUUUGUUUACGAUCCAUUACUUAACUGGAGACUUGUUGAGAGUUCUGAACAUGGUCGAAUAAUGGAGAGUGGUUCAAUAUCCGAUGCAUUGGGUGUUGGUCAUACUGGUAUUGCGCAAACACCAGGUGAAACAGGAACUGCCAGACCUGAGGUUCUCAACAAAAAAGCGCUUGUUAUUGUUAAUAGAGUUCGAGAUAAACUGACAGGUUGUGAUUUCAGUGCUGUUUCAAUAGAUGUACCCACACAAGUAGAUUUGUUAAUUAAACAAGCAACUUCUCAUGAAAACUUAUGCCAGUGUUAUAUCGGAUGGUGUCCUUUCUGGUGAAGUGCGCAACUUGGAACUAAUCCUGCCAUAUCAAGUCAAUGAAAUCAAAACAUGCAGUGGUUGAAUUGGGAAAUUUAAUACAGCAAUUGCAAUUACAUCUAUAGUAACAUUUUGCCGUAAAGUCAUGAAAAUGAAUUUAAUUUGGGUGUUUUCAUAUUUUUUGGUGAGAAAGUUCUAAAACUGUCAGUGGUUUAAAAUCUCAUUCUACAUGGGUAAGACGAAAGGUCCUAACACAAGUUAUGUUAUAUGAUGUAAGGUUCAGGCCAAAUUGGCCCAUUUUUACAAAUCAUUUAUUAAACUGUAAUCGUGUUAUUUUUAACAGACUUGAAUAAAUUUUAUGUUCGUC